CCUCAACAGUUUGCUGAGAGAAUGCGUCUCGCGCGGUCGCCAUGCGAGAGUCGAUACACGAAAACGAAUUAAAAAAAAUAAACUAACAUCGAUUCCGAAUUCAAAUUUUCGAGGGAAAAUAGUCGACAUUCGAAAAAAGUUUAGUUUUCCAGCCAGUUCGGUUAGGAUGUGAUGGUUUAUACAGCAAUGUGGUUUUUAUAUCUGUGAUCGUACGGGUGUGUUUUCUGUGCACUGUGCUUGAAGGCCUUCGGUUGUUUUUUUUUUAUUUUAAAAAGGCCUAACAAUGUGGAGGCUGGUUUUAACAGCAGCGCUGUUAGCGACCGCGCGGUCAAAACAGUUACCAUCUAAUUCAGAAUUACCGAGCACAUCAAUAGCAUCCAUAACCGAAACGACCACCGAAUGGCCGGGUGCGAUCGCACCGCUCGACACGCUCGCAGUCGCGUGCGAGAAGGACAACAUGCAUGUUACUAUCUCGCUCGCUACUAACCAUGCGAAUAGUAUAUACGACUCGUUCAACGGGAUAGUGUACCCGGCUGGCCUGGGCUCAAAUUCCACGUGUUUACGAGAGUACGUGUCAGCGAGGGGGGAUCUACAGUACACCCUGCCGCUUAAGGGGUGUAACACUAUGAGUACUGAUAAUGAGGACGGCACUGUAGAAUACUACAACAACAUAAUAGUCCAACCACACUUGCGCCUAGUGACUGGCCAGGGGCGAGGUUACCAUGUUCGCUGCAAGUACCGGAGAAGGGACCUCACGUUGUAUCACCUGCAUAGACCGCACGCUGAUAGACUAACUGCCAAUGGGUUUGAUAAUGAUGAGUACGAUGAAGAGUCCGGUCUGUUGCCCUCCGUCACGAUGAAGAUUUUCAAAGGCGAUCCCCAAGACAAACAGGUGGCAUCAAACGUGCGUAUCGGUGACACGCUAACUCUAGUUGUGUCUUUGGAAAAACAGCGCAAAUAUGGUCUAUUGGUGUCCGAGUGUUCUGUGCGAGACGGGCUUGGCUGGGCUGAACAGAGUCUGAUUGCGAAUGAUGGCUGCCCUCUAGAAACGGAGAUAAUGGGCCUGUUCCAAUACAGCCGCGGUUCACAAGAAGCCCGCGUGGCGUUCCCCGCGCACCGCUUCCCUUACACCGCUAGUGUGUACUACACUUGCGAAGUGAAGCUCUGUGAUCUGAACCAUCCUACUGAUUGUGAGCCAUGUUCUCACAAGCGAACACGUCGUGACACAAGUGAAGGUGCGCCCGCUACUGUGGAAGUGUUCUCCGGUCUCUAUGUGAACGAGGCUGAUUCGCCUGAUAUUGAUGAUGUUGUUAGUGAGAAGAAAGAAGAUGAGAUCUGCAUAUCGCAACGCAACUUCGCAAUCGGUAUAUGCGUGGCCGGUGUCAUUCUAAUGAUAUGCGUUAUCGCCGCCAUUGCCUUCAUUCUAGCUAGACGACGUAACCCCAAAACUUAUUCGAGAACAGGCAGCUCACUAUACAGUGGGCCCUACACAAACACUGGCUAUUCACACACAAGCUAAAUAAAAAAUGUGAAUUAAAAUAACAAUG